UGAGACACACGACAUCGCCGCCAUCAUAAAAGCGCACAUACACAAACGCAAAUGCACCGAGAAUAAAACUGAAAAAGGGGAACGAAUAAACGUCGGUUCUCUUCUUGAUUCAACACUUGUUAAAUUUCAUUGCGUUUGCGAUUCUUUUUUACAUAAAUUAAACAAAAACAACGCAUUCAAACUUAAUAUUUUAACUGUGAUUGCCAACAACUAAAGUAACAAGCAAGUAAUGUGCGAAAAGAAUUGCCAAAUUUGUAAUUUUUGAACAAAAAAUUGCAACAAAGCAGACGACGGCAAAGGAAGAAGCAGAAUAAAGCGGCUGCUCCAAACCAACAAGCUUCGCGUCAUUUCUCAAAUUAGGCCGCAUACAAACUCCACACACCACAAGCAUAAAAUAAAAAAUAAAACAAACAAAAAAAUCCUGUGCGACGGAGUAUAACAGCGAAAAGGAAAACUAAGACCUCAUAAAACACAUAAGCAAUAAUAUUGUGCAUUAGAAACAGACAUCGAGCAACUGCUACCAAGACUAAAUCAAAUUCAACUCGGCAAUUCUUCAUCUCACUCUUACCGGGACUAAACUUUGCCGCUUAGCCAAACGCUUGGAACUCUAGCAAUGGUCAUGGAUGCGACUCAAUCGCAACAGCCUUCGCCGCAAUCGGUGGGACGCGAAUUCGUGCGUCAGUAUUACACGCUGUUGAACAAGGCGCCCAAUCAUUUGCAUCGCUUUUACAACAAUAACUCGUCUUUUAUUCACGGUGAAUCGACAUUGGUUGUGGGCCAGCGCGAGAUACACAAUCGCAUACAGCAAUUGAAUUUCAACGAUUGUCAUGCCAAGAUCAGUCAGGUGGAUGCCCAGGCCACACUCGGCAACGGCGUUGUCGUCCAGGUCACUGGCGAGCUGUCCAACGAUGGCCAGCCGAUGCGUCGCUUCACCCAGACAUUUGUCCUUGCAGCCCAAUCGCCGAAGAAGUACUAUGUGCACAAUGACAUCUUUCGCUACCAGGAUCUGUACAUCGAGGAUGAGCCGGAUGGCGAAUCGCGUUCCGAAAACGACGAGGAUCAUGACGUUCAGGGCCAAGGGGUUGACCAGGCCGUCCAGGUUGUAGGCGAGGCCGCUCAACAGCCACAGCAGCUGUCCACUCAAGUGGUAUUGCCACAGCCGGUCGUUCCCGUUGCUGCCGCUGGCGGAGCUGCUGGAGCGCCGCAGCAAUUGUUUUAUCCACUGCCAGCGGGCGCUGCUACUGGACGACCUGUGGCCGUUUUGCCAGCUGCACCCCAAGCUGCAGCGGUGCCAUUGCCCGCGCAGUUCACGAACCCGCCGCCGCCAAUCCAGAAUGGAGUUGUGCCACAUGACGAGUUGCCACAGCAGCAAGGACCACCACAGGCCUUGGUUCAGGCCAAUGUCUCGCCUUUGGUGCAGCAGCAGCCGAGUGGACCCGUGAUGCCGUCCAAUGUGGGUAUUGUGCAACCAGUGCCAGUGCAACCAGCUGCAGCCUUCCAGCAUUCGCCGCUUGUCUCAGCACCACCUCAGCUAAUACCCCAGCAGCAUCAGACCCAGCAGCAGCAGCAGCAGCAACCACCGCAGACUCUGCAGCAGCCGUUAGAGCCAGAGGAGCCAAUCAACAAUGACGCCAAGGUGAGCCACUUGCAGAGGGCAACUACUCCAGUGGAGGACUUCAAGACCAUUCAUGAACAGCAGCAGCAGGAGAAGUACGAAGCCGCCAAGCAGCAGCAGAACGAGCCCAAGACUUAUGCCAAUCUGUUCAAGUCCACUUCUUCGUCACCCAGUGGCUUCGUGAAUGCGGCACUGCAGCAACAACAACAGUUGCAGCAACAGCAGCAGCAACAGACUCAGAGCACUGUCUACACAACGUCUUCGUCUGGCGGCGGCAGUGGCGGCCAGGCCAGCUACUCAACAACCGCAUCUUCCUCUUACAACAACACCAACAACAAUUCUCGCUUAGACAACGGCGGUCCACUGCCACAGCGCAACAAUUUGAUUAGAAACAAGGAAUUUGAGCAACGUCGUCCGAGCAACGCACAACAGUUUGGCGAUAAUCAGCAGCUCUUUUUGGGCAAUAUUCCACACCAUGCCUCCGAAGAGGAGCUGCGUCAGCUCUUCUCGCGCUUUGGCAAUGUUAUUGAUUUGCGUAUUCUAUCGAAGGUCGGCAAGAUGAUGCCGGGCACGCGCAGUCCACUAAACUAUGGAUUUAUCACCUACGAUGAUUCCGAGGCGGUACAAAAGUGCCUGGCCAAUUGCCCCCUGUACUUCCCGGAAAACUCGCCCGAUGGCCAGAAACUGAACGUGGAGGAGAAGAAACCACGCAUGCGCAAUGACAUGCCACCCCGUCAACCGAUUGGCGGCAACAAUGUGAAUAAUAUGGGUCGCAACAAUAUGCGUGCCGGUGGCGGCAACAACGGACCACGCAUGGGCGGCAAUAAUGGUGCUAGCUUUGGACAGCGCAAUGACAAUCGCAGCGGCGGUGGCAAUCAGUCCAACGGACCGCUGCGCGGUGCCGGCAAUGGACAAACCGGUAGCGGCGGUAGCGGCAAUUAUGGACGCCGUUAAAAUGCAGAGUAGAAUCUGCACUAGUUGGCCACAGGCAGUCGAUGGCCGACACAUCAAAACUAUACCAACAACAACAGCAACAACAACAACCCAACGUCAGCAUCGAUUUCUUCCAUAAUGCAAACAAUCAAUUACCAUCAUCGACUCACACAUACACACACAUAAUCACACUCACACACAUACACAUGCGCACACAUUGAUAUCCACCACACAUCCACGCACACUCAGCAGUAGCAGUAUCAGCAGCAGCAAGAACAGCAGACAACGCAAAGGAUAAAAUAUAUUAACGAAUUGUCUUCAUGUUAAACGCGCUCCCUCGAGCGUUAAUAGCUAUAACGAUAGCAACCAUUGGAGGAGGCGUCGUGCUGCAAUCAAUUUAUUUAUGCAAUUGGAUCGUCCUUUAAUUAAGCUUGCUUUUAUGCAAUUUGUUUUCCCUUCCUCUCUUCUCCUUUUCAUUAGCCAGCUCGUGCCAAAAAGUAAAAUUCUGUGCAAAUUUUUGUUGUAAACCUAAUUCUAAAAACCAAACAUACUGCAGCACGACCUCCCUAAAGAUUAAAAACUACGCAAAAAAAAAGGAAAUAUAUAUAUAUAAUAAAAAGGUCGCGCCAACAUGUCUAUUAUAAGUAAACCCACCACAAAUACAUGCAUACAUCUGCACUCGCCUACACACACAUACACUCACACCCCCACACUGACACACUCACCCAUAUGAACAACUAACUCACACACUCACACAGUGUCACAGAACUUAGUGUAAAUGUAAACUUUAAUUUUCAAAUAUCAUUUAAAUUCGUAAUUUUCAAAAUUUUAACUAUAAGUUAACAAGAGAAA